AUGGCCGCAGCUGCAGCUGCAGCUGCAGCGCUGGAUGCCAGCAAUAGCGCUAAAAAUACACUGAAGCUUGAGAAUACGGACAAAAGAGACACCCUCAUCGCGAUUGAGAAGAAAUACCAGGCGCAAUGGAAGGCGAACAAGGUCUUCGAAGUCGAUGCCCCCUCGAUAUCCGAAAUCCCUCCGGACUCGAUAUCGCCUGCAGACCUCAGGGAAAAGUUCCCAAAAUUCUUUGGCACCAUGGCAUACCCAUAUAUGAAUGGAACUUUGCAUGCGGGCCACAGUUUCACUGCUAGCAAAGUAGAAUUCAUGGCGGGAACUGCGCGAAUGGAGGGAAAGAGAGCUCUAUUCCCCCUCGGUUUCCAUUGCACAGGGAUGCCUAUCAAAGCCUGUGCUGAUAAGUUGGUGGACGACAUUAAGAAAUUCGGGAACUUUUUCGAGAGAUAUACUGACGAAGAUGGUGAGCCAGAUGAGCCACCGGCUCCCACUCAGGAAACAAAGGAAGAUCUUACUAGGUUUUCCGGGAAGAAGAGUAAAGCUGCUGCCAAGACGGUGAAGCUGAAGUACCAGUUCCAAAUUAUGUUGGCGUUGGGUAUACCCCUUGAAGAAGUCCAUAAGUUUGCGGAUCCCUCUCACUGGCUUGAAUUCUUUCCACCGUUGUGUGUACGGGACCUCGAUAGCCUGGGAGCCAGAAUCGAUUGGCGAAGACAGUUUGUGACCACAGAUGCCAACCCUUAUUAUGACGCAUUUACUCGCUGGCAGAUGAAUCGCCUCCACGAGCAAGGGAAAAUUUUGUACGGAAACCGGUAUACUAUCUAUUCACCCAAGGAUGGGCAACCGUGUAUGGACCACGACCGGACUGAGGGAGAAGGUGUUGGUCCACAAGAAUAUACAGCUCUGAAACUUAAGGUCAAAGAAUGGUCACCAGCUGUCCGUGAGCUCGUGAAGGAUAAGAUUGAGGCUGACGCCAAUGUGUACUUUGUGCCUGCUACUCUGCGUCCUGAAACUAUGUACGGACAGACGUGCUGUUUUCUUGGUCCCAAGAUAACUUACGGUCUCUACAAAGUCAGUGAUAAGGAAUACUAUGUCGUUACUAAGCGCGCUGCCUGGAAUAUGGCUUUCCAAGGCACCUUUUUUGACAGCAGCAACUUCCCGCGAGACCAGAGCGAACUCGAGCCUGUCGUUGAAGCUCCUGGUUCGGCAUUCGUUGGCACUUUGGUCAAUGCGCCUCUCUCCGUUCAUACAGAAGGUGUCAGGAUCCUUCCUAUGGACACUGUGUCCGCUACCAAGGGGACUGGUGUAGUUACGUCAGUGCCAUCAGACAGUCCCGAUGAUUAUGCUACUGUUGUCGAUCUUUCAAAGAAAGCAGAUUACUACGGCAUUAAAAAGGAAUGGGCUGAAUUGGAGAUCCUUCCUAUCAUUGAAACCCCCACAUAUGGGAAUCUUACCGCACCAACCUUGGUGAAACAACUCAAGAUCAACUCACCUAAGGAUACUGUUCAACUUGCAAAAGCCAAGGAGCUGGCCUACUCGGAAGGAUUUUACAAAGGCACAAUGCUUCAUGGAGAAUAUAAGGGCCAGCCUGUUCAAGAGGCCAAAGAAAAAGUACGUCAAUCUCUCUUAAAGAGUGGCGACGCGUUCCCAUUCGCGGACCCCGCGGGAAAGGUAGUCAGCAGAAGCAAUGACGAGUGCGUAGUAGCAUACCUUGGUCAAUGGUUCUUGAAUUACGGCGAGAACGAUCCAAAAUGGCAAAAUGAGACUCUUGAUUAUGUCAAAGGGCCACUAAACAUGUAUUCAGAGGAGGCUCGUCACGGUUUCGAAAAGAACCUUGAGUGGCUUAAUCGAUGGGCGUGUGCAAGAACGUAUGGGCUGGGCUCCAAACUGCCUUGGGAUCCACAUUUCCUGGUCGAAAGUUUGAGUGAUAGUACGGUCUACCAAGCGUACUAUACUAUUGCUCACCUUCUACAUGCCGAUAGAUAUGGAAAGGAGCCGGGCCGCCUCGGUAUCAAGCCUGAGCAAAUGACAGACGAAAUAUGGGAUUUUGUUUUCACCAGGAGAGAUUUUGGAGAUGAUUUGAUCCAAACAACUGGUAUUAGCAAAGACGCAUUGCUUACCAUGCGGCGAGAGUUUGAAUACUGGUAUCCUCUCGAUGUUCGGGUUUCGGGCAAAGACCUUAUUCAGAACCAUCUCACAUUUUGCUUGUAUGUCCACGCCGCUCUUUUCCCACGGGAAUAUUGGCCACGUUCUAUAAGAGUAAAUGGCCACUUGCUACUAAACGGAGAGAAGAUGAGCAAGAGUACAGGCAAUUUCUUGACUCUGAAGGAUGCAGUAGAUAAAUACGGUGCGGAUGCCACACGAAUUGCUUUUGCGGAUGCGGGUGAUGCGAUUGAAGACGCAAACUUUGAAGAGUCAGUCGCCAAUAGUAAUAUCCUGCGUUUGUUUACUUUGAAAGAAUGGAUCGAAGAGGUCGCGAAAGAUGACUCACUCCGCACUGGGCCCGCUGAAGCGUUCUUCGACAAAUUGUUCGACAAUGAACUGAAUGUUUUGGCUCGAGAGGCAAGGAAGCAUUAUGCAGAUACAAACUUCAAACUUGCUUUGAAGAGUGCUCUCUACGACUUCACCAGCGCAAGAGACUUUUAUCGGGAGUCAACCACAGCAGCUGGUAUCGGCAUGCACCGUGAUGUGCUCUUCCGCUACAUCGAGCUUCAAGCCCUUCUCCUUACCCCAAUUACCCCUCACUGGUCUGAAUACGUGUGGCUGGAGGUGCUCAAGAAGCCCGAUACUAUCCAAAACGCCCUCUUCCCCGAGGUCCCCGAACCAUCUCCCGCCCUUUCCGCCGCUCUCAUAUAUGUCCGCACAACUGCAUCGAACAUCACCUCCUCGGAAGCCACCUUCGUCCGCAAACUCUCCAAAGGCAAAACAGUGAACUUCGACCCCCGCAAACCCAAGAAGCUUACCAUCUUCGCCGCCAAGAAAUUCCCCAGCUGGCAAGAGAAAUAUAUUGAUCUUGUCCGCGAAGCUUUCGAUGCCGUCUCCCUCUCCAUCAACGAUAAGGAGCUCAACGGCAAAGUGAGUAAAUUAGGUGAGAUGAAGAAGGCCAUGCCGUUCGUGCAGGGAUUGAAGAAGAGAUUGAUUACUGCUAAGGAACAGCCGGAGACUGUCUUUAACCGGGCUCUGGGUUUUGAUGAGCUCCAGGCUCUGGGUGAUAUGGUUGCGGGCCUUAUUAGGACCACUGGGUGCAAGAUUGUGGAGGUCGUGGUUGUCGAGGAGGGUGGAAUGGCUGGCGUAACAUUGAAUGGCGAGGCCAGGGAAGGGCUGCCAGCGAUUGCGGAGAAUGCGGUUCCUGGACAACCAACGUUCCAUUUCGAGAAUAUCUCUGAAGUGGAUGGGGCGUGA